CAAUGAUUUUAAUCGGAUACGAUGACGAACGUGGUCCGCAACUGUUCAAGUGCGACCCUGCUGGCUAUUAUGUUGGAUGUAAAGCCACUGCUGCUGGUGCGAAGAAACAAGAAGCCUUGAACCAUUUAGAGAAGAAGCUGAAAAAGGAUCCCGAAUUAGGCACUGAAGACACUAUAGAGUUGGCCAUCACGACGUUAUCAUCUGUACUCUCAGCUGACUUCAAAGCGACUGAGAUUGAGGUUGGUAUUGUCACAACGGAAGAUCGAAAGUUCCGGACGUUAUCUACUGCAGAAAUUGAUGAUCAUCUGCAACGUAUUGUCGAGAAGGAUUAG